AUGGGAGGCGCCCUGUCAUUUGGCCGGUUUCGGCAGAAAGAGCCGAAAAAGCUGAGCAGAGAGGUCCGCAUCAGAACCGGUUUAAUCCAAGGAUUCCUCGUCGACAUUGAUAACAACCGCGAGGUCGAAAUGUAUCUUGGAAUCCCCUUUGCAGAACCGCCAGUUGGAGAAUUACGGUUUAAAAAACCAGAACCACCCUCAGAUUGGGAAGGGGUACGGCAGUGUACUCGUUUCGGCCACCGGGCACCGCAGUCCGACUUUUUCUGGGAACGAUGGACACUGGGGGUCGGGAAAUCGGAGGAUUGCCUCACGCUCAACGUCUUUGCACCCACUUGGAGCCCGCCGGAUAAUGAGGACGGUUUCGCCGUGAUGGUAUUCGUGCACGGGGGCGGGUUCGUCAUCGAUUCCGCCGUGAAAUAUGGCGAUGUUGGCAUUGCCAGAUACCUUGUCCGUCAUGACGUCGUUGUGGUCACCAUCCAAUACCGACUCGGGUUGCUCGGGUUCUUUUCAACUGGAGAUGAAAACUGCCCUGGAAAUAAUGGGUUGUGGGACCAGACGAUGGCAUUGCAAUGGGUUCAGGAUAACAUCCAUGCCUUCAAGGGAGACCCCCGCCGAGUUACGGUAUUCGGACAGAGUGCUGGAGGAGCUUCAGUGGAUCUUCUGACUUUGAGCCCGCAUAGUCGAAACCUCUUCCACCAAGUGAUGCCAAUGGCCGGAAACGCCGAGUGUGAAUGGGCCACCGUCAGCAAGACCCGGCUUGUCGAUACCUGCCGGCAGUUCGCUAAAUCGAAGGGCUUCGUGUCGGGAUCUUACAAUACCCGCGCAAAUGCUGACAUGCUAAAAUGGCUAAGAGAAAGACCAGCUAAAGAAUUCGAGCGUGGCUUGUUGGGCAGAAAGGGCGUGGAUACCUCAAAGCUGGGACUCGAUCUGGCACCAGUUGUUGGCAGCGAGCCAAGCGACUUCUUCCCGAAGCCGCUAGCCGAGCUGAGGAAAGAGGCGCCAAAGAAGAAUGCGAUGGGUGGAACUUGUGACCAAGAGGGAUUGUUGUUUGCUGCGGUAGCUCCUGGUGGUAUGGACGAGAAAGGCUUCGAUCGCCUCCUCACCGUCUGCAUCAGCGAAGACAUGUUCCACCUCGACUACAAGGAGCUCCGAGAGAAAGCUAGAGAAGUCUACCUCAAGGACAUUGAUGUUAAGGAUAAACUACAGAUGGCUACGGCUUUUGUUAAGCUUUACUCCGAUAUGUUCCUCAACAACGGUACGGCCAGAUACGUCCGUUCAAUGGUUGAACACGGAAAUAAGGUCUACGCCUACUCGUUUGAAUACUUCAACCCAAGGAGUUAUGGAUUCUUGGCGUUGAAGAUGCCGUUUAAAGCGGCCAGUCACUGUUCUGAACUCGCCUACCUCUUCGGCCAUGGCAUCGUGGUGAAGUUCAAGAUGAACGACGACGACCGCAAGAUGCAAGAUCUUAUGACGAGGAUGUGGACGAAUUUUGUGAAAUAUGGAAAUCCGAACGGUCCAUAUGAAGACUCUACCGUGUUCGACUUCAUGUGGGAGCCAGCUACGGCUGAGAAUGACUAUAGCCACCUCGCCAUCACCGACAAGUGCGUAAUGAAGGACGAAUACCACGAGCGGCGCUUCGACUUCUGGAAGGAGAUCAAGGUCGUGGCUAAGAAUAUU